CCUUCACGCGACAUUCAGUACAUUUUCAGCCCGCUAGUUACUGUUCAUGUUCUUCAUCGAGAGUACAUCGAACCAGUCGGAAAUCAGAAGUCAAAAAACAUAGGUAAUCAUUUCUCUGUUCGUUAUUAUCAGUAGCAGUGUGCGCUUUCAUCAUUGCUCGGUGAUAAACAUCAGAGGAUUGUCUGUGGGUUGUACCAUCCAGCAAGUCAUGGCUAUCACCAUUAAGACUGUUGCGACCACCCCUUUCGAGGGCCAAAAACCUGGAACCAGCGGUCUUCGGAAAAAGGUCAAAGUAUUCACCCAGAAGAACUAUACUGAAAAUUUCGUCCAAUGUAUUCUGGACGCUAAUGGUAGUGCUCUGGCCGGUUCCACCCUGGUGGUUGGUGGCGAUGGUCGUUAUUUCUGCCGGGAAGCUUGUGAGCUGAUAGCUCGCAUAUGUGCAGCCAACGGAGUGGCAAAGAUUCUGGCCGGUCAGAACGGUAUUCUCUCCACACCGGCGGUGUCCAGUUUGAUUCGCCGGAACAAGGCUCUGGGGGGAAUUGUUUUGACCGCUUCACAUAAUCCAGGUGGUCCGGAAAAUGAUUUUGGAAUUAAGUUCAACUGCGAGAAUGGUGGACCUGCCCCAGAUCAGUUCACUAAUAAAAUCUUUGCACUAUCGGAGAAGAUUAAAGAGUACAAAAUUGCUGAAGGACUAGCGAUUGAUGUUUCAAAGAUCGGAGUUAACAGCUAUGAGGUCGAAGGAAAACCGUUUGUCGUGGAGGUGAUUGAUUCGGUGGCAGAUUAUGUUCGACUGAUGAAGGAAAUUUUUGACUUGGAUAAACUGAAGGAUUUUGUCAGUGGAAAAUCUCGCAAUGGAAAACCGUUGAAAAUGAGAAUUGAUUCUAUGAACGGCGUUACCGGAAGCUACGUGAAUGAAAUCUUUGUUAAUUGUUUGGGAGCUUCAAAGGAUGGAGUCGUCCACACAACUCCCCUUCCGGAUUUCGGGGGGCUACACCCAGAUCCAAAUCUUACCUAUGCUAAGGAUUUGGUGGAUAAGGUUCGUACUGGAGACUACGAUAUUGGAGCGGCAUUUGAUGGGGAUGGCGAUCGUAACAUGAUUAUCGGUCGGAAUGCUUUCUUCGUAACACCAAGUGAUUCGUUAGCCGUUAUUGCUCACUAUCUCGAAUGCAUUCCGUACUUCAAGAAGAAUGGAGUAACCGGGCUGGCUAGAAGUAUGCCAACAGCAUCUGCGGUUGAUUUAGUCGCCAAGGCUCUUAAAAAGGAAAUGUUCGAAGUUCCGACCGGUUGGAAGUACUUCGGUAAUCUGAUGGAUGCCGGUCGUCUAUGUCUGUGCGGGGAGGAAAGCUUUGGAACAGGUUCGGAUCAUAUCCGUGAGAAGGAUGGAAUCUGGGCUGUGCUGGCAUGGUUCUCUGUUCUUGAGCAUACUGGGAAAAGCGUUGAGGAAAUCUGCGUGGAACACUGGCGACGCUAUGGACGAAACUAUUUCACUCGCUACGAUUACGAGGAGUGUGAUUUGGCUCCUUGCAAUGAGAUGAUGUCUACCCUGGAAAAGACCAUCACUGAUUCUGGCUUCCCAGGCAGGGACUUCUCGGCAGGUGGCAAAACCUAUAAAGUAAAACUGGGCGAUAACUUCAGCUACAACGACCCAAUCGAUAAGUCCAUAUCCACGAAACAGGGUCUUCGUAUUGUGUUCACCGAUGGCAGUCGCAUUGUUAUGCGUCUCAGUGGAACCGGUAGCUCCGGUGCCACCGUGCGAUUGUACAUCGAUUCCUACGAGAAGGAAAACGUGUUGGGUCAAGCGGCCGAUAUGCUUAAACCACUCAUUGAUAUUGCCCUGGAAAUCUCCAAAUUGCCGACCUUCACGGGUCGCAGCGCGCCAACUGUCAUCACGUAAACACACGGUAGGAGUGCCAUCGUAAGCUAGAGGAAUAGUCAUGAGAUUAAAGCUCAAAUUGUAAACUAAAAUUGUUAUCAUGGAGGUUAUCAGUUGUUUGUAGAACAAAAUGCACUACCAAGUUGUUGCCAGGAAAUGUGUCAUUUUAUUUUUUUUAUAUUCGAUUCAAUAUUAUUAGCAAAGUUGAUUAGACUGCACAUAAGGUAUGAUUUUGUGAAAUUUGUUUUUUAUAAUUAUUGUAUUUUGCUUCGAUCACCGUGACAAAUAAAACACAAGCGUUAUAGUCUAUCGAACAAAAGUUAAA